AUGCAUAAUCGAAUUAAGGAUGUGAGAAGUGGCAGCGAUGAUAAUGAUAUUGGCAACGAUGAUAAUACAGUUGAAGGAAGACCAGCUGAUAAGGCUUUCUUCAGUGGCAUUGAUACCAGGAAGUAUGCCAAUUUUCUUACUCUGUUCAACAACUUGAAGAGACGAAAUGUGUCGUCUAUGGAUAUCGAUCAUACUCGACAUUUAACGUCUAAUCAAAAAGAGAGAUCAGAGUAUAGAAAUGUGUCCGUAGUAGAAGACUGUAUGCCAAGCACAUCGUUCCAACAUUUAAAUGCUACCAGUCAGAAUUCAAAUGAUGGACACGUUCUCGAAAGUUGUCAGAUAUCCAGGAAGUUGCAGCCUGUUACUUUCUCUGAUAUGGAUCUCACAAUGAUACCAAGGGAUUUUCUUCAAAAGAAGCUGGAAUUGCAUGUCGAUAAGCAAACUUGUUCUUCGAAAGUCACAACAUCCUAUACAGCACCAAGCACAAACAAAAUGCCACCUAGAACUUUCGAUUUGCUGCUGAAUUGUAGCAAAAGGGAAAUGCAGAUAGAUAAGGAUAAAGGCAAAAAAGUUGUAAAUGAUAUAGCACCAUUUGUACAACCGUAUCGCCUCGAUAACAACACCACCCAAAGUGUCAAAACCAUUGUGUUCGUUUAG